GAAGAAGUUGUACCUGUAUUCGUGCAUGGUAGCGUUCCGUGCUAACACGCCAUGGCUGCAAUUGGAACUGUGCUUUGCCCGCUUGGGCGUAUGCCUGGCAUUAGCAUGCUGCGGAAUGCUCGGUAUCUUGCUUGUGCUUUCCUAUUUUGCUGUCCUUGAGGAAACUAACAAGCCACGGCGAGAGGUGGUCUGCUUUCUUGGUGUACCCGAACGGAGGAAUGGUGGCUAACACGGCUAAUGGCGGACACAGCCAUGGCAAUGCCGAUCAAGACCCAGAUGAAUGAACUUGCAAGUGCGUUUCCAUUCGGCGCCGGGCGGACAGGAGGGCGAAAUUAGUGGUGUCUAGGCGUCUUUGGUGUGUUGCCAUGAUGAUACCAUGGUUGGUGGCUUUUCAGAGACUCUGC